AUGGCAUCAACAGUGAUCACCUUAACCUACCGCAAACGAGGCACAAUCCCACCAGUCUUCGUUGCAGGAUCCUUCUCGGAACCGCCAUGGGAGGCACAUGAGCUUAGCCAGGAUGCUGAAGAAGGCUCAGGUAGCUUCUCAAGGACUUUUUCAAUCACUCCAGGCACCUACCAGUACAAGUUCCGGCUAGGGACUGGGGACUGGUGGGUCACUGACGAGACCAAGGAGACCGUGACUGAUGACCAGGGCAACGUCAACAACGUUCUGCUCGUUCAAGAUACUCAAGAAGUCUCACCUCAUGCAGAUGUGUCUGGCGAUCAACAAAAGAUGUCCAUGGAAGAUAUCGAAGAGGCAGCUGAUCCGAGCAACAUGCUUCCCAAGGCAGGAGAGCCUGAAUUGCCUCCAGCGAUUCCCGUCUCAGAAAUCAGCGUGCAAGCCGAGGAUGGGCCUACCACUUCUCUACCACAGACGACAUCGGCUCCUAUCACCAAGGUUUCUUCGACAAGUAACGUCUCCCAUGACUUGCCCACACCACCUCUCUCCGAGGGAGGUGACGAGGUCGAAAAUAAGGAGCCGUUCGCCGCAUUCUCCAAGGUCAUUGCUCUAGAAUCCGAGGAUCAAACUCAAGCAUCCAGAAGAUCAACAGAGGAGAGAGCUUCAAACAUGCCAUCUUCCACCUGGAAUCGAAACAGGAUGAUCUUCCUGGCGAUUGCAUUUGCGGCUGUCCCUAUUAUGGCCUGGGGCUUAAGCAGAUGA